GUAGUAUUUUAGGUAGGCAGAAGAUGCAAAUUUAGCCCCUCUAUUCAACUUGUUGUCGCAGGUGAGUUCCUCUACUUAAAAGUAAUGCAAAUCAACCCCUCUACUAAUAAAAAAUCCGCAUAUCAACAUUUUUGUCAAGGAUGACGUCAAGAAACAUCUUUCCCUCUGUCUUUUUGUUACUCCGUUGAAAAAACAUGACUUGGCACCGAUUUAGACUUAAAAAUAUGACGUGGCAAUGACUUGGACUUAAACUCAUUAUGCUUAUUUACGAAUUAAAAUUUUGAAAAAGAAAACACCAAAAAAGAAAAACCUACACAGCCUUCACCAUCCUUGAAGAACACAGGGCAAAAAAAUCAUGAGGAAAGGUAAGAAGGAUUCUAGAAUUUUACUUUGUAAUGAAGAAGUAAAAUACAAGAAAUCAUAGCAAGCAAAACUUAACAUUAGAAACUAGAAAUCAACUAAAAAUCAACUAGAAAUCAACACCACCCAACCAAAAUCUCAGCACAAGAAACAAAUUCAGGAGGGUAUUGAGAAUGAGACGGCAAUUACAUGAGCUUUAAUAAACCCUAAAUCUAAUUGUCAAGUAAGAAAAAGACAAGUUGAAAAGGAGGGUUGGAAGUUCAUGGCAGCAGCAAUUGCAGCUGCUCUAGCUCCCCCAUCAUUUGGAUUUGGAACCACAACCACUGCACUAACAGCAACUGUUAGCGUGCCUGGAAGAGAAAUCGGUAACCCUGCAUUUGGAACCAACGGGGCUUUGUAGUUUGAAAUUCAAGGUGCGAGUUUGACUUCUUUUUUUUUUUUCAGAGUACCUCCUCAAGCCUCCUCAAACCUUAAUUUCUAUAAAAAUCAAAGAGUAAAACCCUAAAUUCUAAACCAUAAAUUUGGGUUUUAUCAAACUAGAUCUGUAAAUUUACGAAGAGGAACAGGGAAAAGGAAAUGGAGGAAGAAAGCAUAAGAAAAAGGAGAGGAAAGG